AUGUACUACGUUUAUCUCUUACAAUCGCAGGAAAAACCACAGUCCUUUUACAUAGGAUCGACCAACAACCCUCAACGAAGAUUAGCUCAGCACAAUGGAGACCUGGCCGCUGGAGGUGCUUUUAGAACUAAACGAGAAGGCUAUAGGCCGUGGAAAAUGGUGUUGUUAUGUCUAGGAUUCCAUUCCAAAAUCGCAGCUUUACAGUUUGAGCAUGCCUGGCAACAUUCGCACUUAACAAGGCACAUCGAAGACAAACUCAGCCAUUCCAACUCCAUCCAUAUUAAACUUGCAAACCUAAAGAAACUACUGGGCAGUGAAGGAUUCAGGAGGUGGAACAUAUCAGUAUACAUCUUAGACAGAGCCAUCUACAAAUCAUGGUGUCUCAACAGAUAUGGAGUGCAAACUCCUGAAUAUUUGAGGAUGGACGUACUGGAAGUUGAAUUAUCAGAAUUCAUGAAAGUCAUAGAGGAAAAAGAUGAAAACUUAGUUGCUAGCAAAAAAAACACCGGAGAAAGAGAAGAAGACAAAGAUGAAGAGGGAAACUCAAACCCGUCAUGUUCGUUAUGUUCCACCAAUAUUACUACAGAAAAUUUUCAGGCACAAUUCUGCGCAUGCUACCAUUGUCAGACUCAAUUUCAUGUAAUUUGUUUAGCCCGAAGCUUCACUUCUGAUUUACUUCCUGUGAAAGGAUCGUGUUCACAGUGCAAUAAAGUUCUAUAUUGGUUAGAUCUGAUGCGUUCAGUUCGUUAA